AUGCGCCAUGUCAUCGUCGCGUAUUCGGGGGGAGUGGACAGCACGUUUCUUGCGGCUGUGGCGAAUGAGGUGCUCGGUAGUGCGUCCCUAGCCGUUACCGCGCGGUCGCCGAGCCUCGCGCGGUCGGAGCUUGAAGGCGCGGUCGAAGUGGCCGGUCUGCUCGGUCUGAACCAUCGCGUCAUCGAGACGGCGGAGGUGGAGAGGGACGAUUACCGCAUCAACGAUCCCAACCGCUGCUUCUUCUGCAAGGAAGAGCUGUACACGCACCUCUCGACCCUGCCGGAAGCGGAGUACUCGCAGAUCAUCAACGCGCACAAUCUGGACGACACGGGAGACUUCCGGCCCGGCAUCAACUCGGCGAAGAAGCGUGGUGUGCGCAGCCCACUGGUCGAGGUGGGCUUGACGAAGGCGGAGAUACGCGAGCAAUCGCGGGCGCUGGGCCUGCCGACGUGGGACAAGCCCGCGCAGGCAUGCCUGUCUUCGCGGAUUCCGUACGGUACGCCGGUCACGGUCGAGGCCCUGGCCCGGAUCGCGGAGGCGGAAGAGUACCUCCGGUCUCUGGGCAUCGAGCGGCUUCGGGUGCGCCACCAUGACACGGUCGCGCGCAUCGAGGUCGGCCCCGAGGAUUUUUGUAUAUUGCUGGACGACGAGACGAGGCGUAGGGUGAUCGAGCGGUUCCGGGAGAUUGGCUACUCGUAUGUGACGCUCGACCUGGAGGGUUUUCGUUCAGGGAGUCUCAAUGAGGUGUUGGCGGGACUUCGUCGGAAGCAGGAAGUGAACGGCACGUUUCAGGGGGAGUAA